GCCAUGAGCGAUAAUCUUGCUGAAGUGGUGAAUGUGAUCUUGAAAUCAAUGCUAGAUUCUUCUGAUGUUCGCCUUGCUGCUAUUAGAGCAGUAAAAGCUAUGAGUCUAGCCCUAUCUCCACAUACGCUAGGUCAACACGCUGACUUGCUUAUUACGUCGCUAUAUUUGGCUCUGGCAGAUGACGACAAACCCGAAAAACAGUCUGCUGCUGCUUCGGCAAUAAGUUCUCUUUGUGAGAGUUGCAAUUCAUGCAUCGUAGAGCCUCGGUUGCAAAGAAUUGUGAGAAAACUACUUCAACUCAUCCAGAAUCCAAGUCCUGAGAUUCAAGCCGAGUCCUUAAUCUCUUUAGCAUCAGUUGCAAGAUUAUCAAAGGAUCUAUUCCAUACAAAAUAUGAUUUGGUCAUCACUUCCGUAAAAAAACUUCUAGUUUAUGGCACAAGUAAGUCAGUGAAAGACAAUGUUGUUGAGUGCAUUCAGACAGUUGCAGUGGUUGUUGGAAAGGAUAUGUUCAAGAAAGAUGCUAGAGAGGUCAUGGCCCUUCUCAUGUCUGUGAGAUGGUAUCUAGGGGAGGAUGAUUACAGUUCGAAAGUUACCCUUCUACGAGCAUGGAAGCAUCUUAUUAGAUGUCUCAGAUCCCGUUUUUAUUCAUAUGUGAAAGAUCUUAUACCUAUUUUGCUCCGCUCUGCUAGACUUGGCUCAAACAGUGCCAUAGAAGGUGUUAUUCUGGACGAGAAAUUUAGGGCAUGUAAACUUUUACUUCGCUUAACUAGACAAUUCAAAAGGAAGUUCUUUGUAUGGAUCGACCAGGUUUCUAAAGUACUGGUACCACUUUUGACAUUUCAUGACAAAGGAAUCAGAAGAAUAGCUUUUUCAGCCAUGCCGGAGCUAUUGUCUUCAGCAAAACGUUAUAUUAAGAAAAGAGCCCAUGGCCCUACAAAUUCCUAUCUGCAUAAACUAGUGCUACGAAUUGUACCGUCGCUGCUGGAAGCUCUGGAUAAGGAAACUGACGGUAAAAGUUGCAAAAAGUUAUUGAAAUCGUUAGCCAGAUGCAUCGAGAUUGCUGGAGGAUUUCUUAGCAAAAAGAAGAUUGAGCGGACAACUAAUGCGAUACAGCAGGUUCUCAAAACAACAUCAGAAAAACGUUUUUCAGAAGAGGAAACUGUGACUCAGCUGGAAAAAGAGAUCAUUAGAAAGGUUGUAAGUUACUUUGGCAUAUUGAUCAAGAGAUACAAGGAAAGCUCCUAUACUUUCGUCGACAGAUUUUUGGACAGUAUAAAAGCUAUGGUGGAAGGCAAUGUGCCGGAAAAAGAGAAGCAAGUUGGACUUUUCACAUUUAAUGAAGUGUCUCUAAAUUGUGCAGAAGCUGCCAAUAGGUUCAAUCUGAACUACGGAUGAUGGAAUUCAAGAACCUUAUAUCAUGUUCCUUUCCUCAUUCUACCUUGAGCUUUGGCAGCACCUACAUCAGAAGCUGUUGUGACAUAUCACACGUGUACCAUCUAAUCUUCUACAUUUAGCAAAGGAAUUAUGGAAAUGUCUACCAGUUGGCUAUUAUCUGUUGCUCGUGUAGUUUCAAAAGAGGAAUGCUAAACUGUAUAAACAGAAAAAUUACUUUCCUGUUGAGAACUUGUAAGAAUGGUAAACCUGGCUUUUGUAGUAUCAUAAUGUGUACAUUUCUGUGGAAUGUCUUCAUAGAUGUAAGCUUGUGUUGCAGCAAAUCAUGAAACUAGCAACAGUUAUGUGGAAACAGAACACUUCCAAAUAUUUCUUUGAUAAUAAGUGCAAGGAUUCGAAUAAUGCAAUUAAUGAAUUUAGAAAGCACUUUUUGUUCUUUAU